AUACGGAGAAAUACUUAGAAAUAAUAGAUUAUAUAUAUAUAUAUAUAUAUAUAUAUUUAUAUGCAUCUCCGUCUUUUCCAAAUGUUGUGAAAGAAAUGUCAUGAAUGAUGGAUUUGACCUCAUCACCCUUCUUCUUCUGUUAAUGUAACUUUCUCAUUUUAUUUUAUAUGUUUUCUUCUGCGAGUACUAGUAUAUAACCAAUUACUUAAUUCAGAAAGAAAGAAAGAAAGAAAGAAAGGGCUACCAUGGGCUCCGAGCAGAACAGAUUCCCUCAGCAAGAACGGCGAAAGAGAUGGGGAGGAUGUUGGGGGGCAUUUUCCUGUUUUGGUACUCAGAAAGGUAGAAAGCGUAUUGUACCUGCAUCUCGUAUUCCUGAGGGCAAUGUAUCAGCCACCCAGCCAAAUCAUCCUCAAGCUGUUGGGUUGACCAACCAAGCUACUACAUUAGCUCCAUCACUUCUAGCACCUCCUUCUUCUCCAGCAUCCUUUACAAAUUCUGCACUCCCGUCAACAGCCCAAUCACCUAGUUGCUUCUUGUCAUUAUCAGCUAACUCACCUGGAGGGCCAUCAUCCACAAUGUUUGCCACUGGACCAUAUGCCCAUGAGACACAACUAGUUUCUCCUCCUGUUUUCUCAACCUUUACAACCGAGCCUUCUACUGCUCCACUCACUCCUCCUCCUGAGUUGGCCCACCUGACUACCCCCUCUUCACCCGAUGUCCCUUUUGCCCGGUUCUUGGCAUCUUCUGCAGAUCUUAAAAGUGCUAAUAAGAAUAAUUAUAUUGCUGCAAAUGAUCUUCAAUCCACAUAUUCACUUUACCCCGGUAGUCCUGCCAGUAGCCUGAUAUCACCAAUCUCUAGGACCUCAGGUGAUUGUUUGUCAUCAUCCUUUCCUGAACGGGAGUUUCGUCCACACUGGGAUCCUUCAAUUUCUCCCCAGAAUGGCAAACAUUCAAGGAGUGGUUCUGGCAGGCUAUUUGUGCAUGAUGUAACUAGUUCUUCCAUAGGGUGUCAAGAUACAAAUUUCUUCUGUCCUGCCACAUUUGCACAAUUCUAUCUGGAUCAUAAUCCUCUUCCUCAUGCUGGUGGGAGAUUAAGUGUUUCCAAGGAUUCAGAUGUUUAUCCUAUUAGUUGCAGUGGCCAUCAAAAUAGGCAGAGUAAAAGUCCUAAGCAAGAUGUGGAAGAACUUGAAGCUUACAGAGCUUCCUUUGGAUUUAGUGCUGAUGAAAUAAUCACUACUUCUCAAUAUGUUGAGAUUUCUGAUGUUACAGAGGACUCAUUUACCAUGACACCUUUUCCUACAGAUAAACCCACUUUUGAAGAAAGUAUGGAACUUGCAUCAAUUGGCAAAGAACCAAAGACAGAUAGGAUACUGGAAAACUUGCUGGGUGAGAAGAAACGGAAAUCGAAACCUGAUAUUGUCAAUUGGGUUGUACACCAUGAUGUGCAAGUGUCAUGCAAUGGAUACGAAGAUCACAAAUCAGAAAGGCAGGUGACUGACAUCUCUGGAUCAAGUACAUCCAUCAACCAUACCCUGACUGAUGAAGAGGAUGUAUUUUUGAAGAAGGAUUCAUCAAGGAGCAGGAAAUAUCAUCUGGGCUUGUCAAGCUCUGAUGCAGAGAUUGACUAUAGGAGAGGAAGAAGCUUAAGAGAAGGCAAAGGAGAUUUUGCAUGCCACGACUAAGAACCAAAUUUAGAAACAAGUUAUUAGCUGCUUCCUUAUGUAGUAAACUGCAGUUUGCUUUUGUUAUAACUUGUGUUACUGGUUCUUUAUGAUAGGUGGAAUGAUCUUAACUUGUGAUCUAACCAGCUGGUACUUUUCUAUGUUGUCCAUCUCUCAGUCAGGUGUGUGACUUGAUCUCUCUGAUUAUGAGUGUAUUCUGUUAUCUGUGACCCUAAAUUCCUGCUUCACUAAAACUGACAUGUGUGAUGCAUGUAAUUAUAUAUUAUUUAUACUUUUUGUAAAAUGCAAUCUUACUCAAGUGUAUU